GUAAAUCAACCAAUGAGAAGAUUAGCUUACUCCACAAGCUUGACACUAUUGCACUCUCUCGCUCUAAACCCUUCUCUUUACUUCUAUAUAAACCCUCCCCCAUCCACAAUUUCUCCCUCUCUCGUUAUUUUUUCUUGAGCUUUUCUUGUAUUUCUUGUACGCGUUUUCCCUCUACGUUCCACCGGGUUGUCUCCCUUCGAGGGCUUGUAUUGCACACCAGAUGUCUUUUGAUUCCAACAAGAAGCAUCAGUGGUUUGUGUGGUGUGCUUUCUGUUUCAUGAGCCGGGGGAGGCUGUGGUGCUCUACAAAGGUGUUGUUUCGGCAUUGGACUUGAAGACGAGGAUUAAGUUAGUGGCUGUGGUUUGGGAUUGGUGUGUAGAGAGGCGUUCACUUUUUAUUUUUCGUUUUUCUUUUUCAAUUUUGAGAACUAUUGGCUGCAGAAGGUUUGUUCUUGGUGGGGAGAGCUGUUCAGUAAAUAGUUGGUGGGAGUUUACUUCAGUAGUUGGAUUAUUAGGUGUUCUGUUGUCCCGGUGAGUAUGCGUCUCCCCCCAGGAUUCCGCUUUCAUCCUACAGAUGUUGAGUUGGUUUUGUACUAUCUCAAGAGGAAGAUUUUGGGUAAGAAGCUUCUCUAUGAGGCUAUUGCAGAAGUCAACAUCUACAAAUACUCUCCAUGGGAUCUUCCAGAUAAAUCCAGCUUGAAAAGUAAGGAUCUGGAGUGGUUCUUUUUCUGUCCAAGAGAGAAGAAGUAUGCAUGUGGAGUCCGUGUCAAGCGUGCAACUGAAAAUGGAUAUUGGAAAACUACUGGAAAAGACAGGACUAUUUCGUGCAAUGAGAAAACUGUUGGAGCUGUUAAGACCUUGAUCUUCCACUUGGGGCAUGCCCCUAAAGGAGAAAGAACGGAUUGGGUUAUCCAUGAGUACAGAGUCGUUGAUAAUCAGUUGGCUGAAGCUGGAGUUCAGGAUAAUUAUGUUCUGUGUAAAGUCUUUAAGAAGAAUGGGCUAGGCCCAAAAAAUGGUGCACAAUACGGUGCCCCUUUUAAUGAAGCUGAUUGGACUGAUGAUGAUGACAAUGUUGCUGAAAACCAUGCCAUAUCAUUGGCAGCUGAAGGUCUUCCCCAAACUUCUGGGAUGCAGAAUGAAGAGCAAAGUUUGCCUCUUGGAAGUGGCUUGUUUGAUUCUGGAAAUGGACCACUGCCUAUACUUGAAGAUGGUCCAUCAUCUUCAGCUGUUGCUCCAAAUAGUAUGGUGGCUGCAGAUAAGACCAAUGAUGAGAUUGUUCAUAUGCUUGCAUCAUUUGCCGAUGAAGACAUGCUGCUUCCUGAUGGGAAUGGAUUUAGCCAGGAUGAUCUUGGUGGCAAUGGGAAUAACAGAUUGUUAACUUAUAAUGAGGGUUUGGAUAUCUAUAAUGGUCUUCAUGACCUGGAUAGUUGGACUGCAAUCAAUGAAGGCAUAUUUGAUUUUUCUGGAUCACAUAACGUUGACUACCCACUUAACAUGCUUCCUGAAGACAAUUCAACAUAUAUAGAACUUGAUGAUCUACUGCCUCCUUUGGAUUGCUCUAAUGGAGUUACUGGAACUCCAUUCUCAUCACUUUGUCGGUCAUCUGCAUCUUACGACCAUGAGAAUAUGGAGCAAUUACACUCUAGAACCAGGUUUGCUGGCAUGGAUGAUCAGAAUAUUUCAUAUGCAAAUGAGCUAGCUGUGCUGCCAAACACAUCUGAGGGUGAUAUUUCUUUGAAUGUGCUUCACAUGGUGGACUAUCCAUUCUACCAAGGUCCUAAUGCUUCAUAUAAUUUGGACUUCUCAUUUGGGCAACUGGAGAAUCCGGUCUGUUCCCCUCACAACAUGGAAAGAGGAUCACAUUUAGAAAACCUUUAUUCAAGAUUUAAGGAAUGCAUUCCAGCUCACUUACCUUCAGCUGCUGCUCUUUCUCCUUGUGGUGGCUCCUCCAUACAUAUCAAGGCUGAGGUGACUCACGGAGCUGGUGAAUGCACUAACGAAGCUUUGGCAGUUAUGAUGGGGGGGUCUAGCAGCUGUUGGUGCAACUUGCUUUUUUGGAAAAUUCAGCUAUGGGUUGUGGAAGAUCUCCUUGAUCUGGUAGAACUUGUCUCAAAUUUGAUUAUAAUUUGUUACUUAACUGAUACUGUGUCAUUGAGCUCUCAUUAUUAUAACUUCAAUAAAAAUUUAUCAUAUAUAUCCCAAAAACUGAAACUGGUAACUUGGUUAUUGUUUCUUACCCGUUUUUAUUUCAUUUGACCGCUGGUGUGUUAUUUAGCUGUUGAUUGAUAUAAGCUAAAACAUAUGGAAAAACUAAAACUUCUCUUUCUCCCAGUGAUACAUUAUUUGCUGUUAUUAUAGGUCAUAUUACCCCUCGAUUUUUGCUACUAUGUUGUUUUGGGCUUACCUUGAGUUUGCAGUUUUGGCAUUUUAUAGACUUUUUAAGCAUAACUAGGGCACUCCUUACUAGCUUCCUGUUUGAUAAAAAAAAGUGAAGUUGUAUAAGUUUAGUUGUGGCGAAGAAUAGAGGAUGCACGCCAAGAAACCUACACUUCUCUUAUUGUGGAUGUUUCUUUUCCUCUAGAACUAGAAUUCAUGUUUCUGAAAUUAUGUCUUUGCUAAUACAAAUUGACUGACAAACUUGCUGUGUAGAGACAGAUUGUGAAGUGUCAACUUUCUGUUGAACUUCUUCAAGUGCUGGUGAGAAUGGAAGUAUAGGAAAAUAUAUCUAAUAAUGCGUAGUAUGUUUUGUUCAUUGCCUUAUGGUUCGAGGGAAUGUGUGAAAAGCAUGUAGUAGUUGCCUUCCACUUUUCUCGUUUAUUGCAUUGCAUUAAAGAAAAAGUAUUGUUGGUGUGGUUUAGAAUUUGAUUUUGUGCCACUGUCAUCGUCGUUAACUUUUAACUGCACUUGCUUUGUGCCAGUCAUUGUUCAUUAUGCCAAUAUAUCUAUUUUGUUGUUAAUC